UUUUAGUCUCUCAGUGCCAACGAUAUUAUUCUUGUAUGCACACUGUGAUUAUUGGUUCUCAAGAGGAAUAAAGAAGCUUUUCAAGAACAAUUUAUUGGAAUAAGAGGUUCUCCUUGGGGGUUAUAUUCUUGUAUACUAGCGCUCACUUACUAUAAAAGUCUGUGAGUUGUGCCAAUUUAUAUAUAGGCGUGUAAUUUAAGUAUUGAGUGUGUGAUUGUUUAGAACAACCUGUGUUCUGUGUUUGGUGUGCUUUGGUGAAAAAAGAAAAAGAGAGAUUCAAUGGCAGAAGGCAAAGGGAUUAGCUUGGAAGAAAUCAAGAAGGAGAAUGUUGACCUUGAGCGAAUUCCAGUUCAGGAAGUGUUUGAGCAGUUGCAAUGCACAAAAGAGGGGUUGUCAAGUGAUGAAGGGCAGAAGAGGAUUCAAGUCUUUGGCCCAAACAAGCUCGAGGAAAAAAAGGAAAACAAGUUUCUGAAGUUCUUGGGUUUUAUGUGGAAUCCCCUGUCAUGGGUUAUGGAAAUUGCAGCUAUCAUGGCCAUUGCCUUAGCAAAUGGAGGGGGAAGGCCACCGGACUGGCAAGACUUUGUGGGAAUUACUGCACUGUUAUUUAUCAACUCCACCAUCAGCUUUAUCGAAGAAAACAAUGCAGGCAAUGCUGCAGAAGCUCUUAUGGCUGGUCUUGCCCCAAAAACCAAGGUUCUAAGAGAUGGAAAAUGGUCUGAGCUAGAGGCUGCAAUCUUGGUACCGGGAGAUGUAGUCAGCAUCAAGUUGGGAGACAUUGUCCCAGCUGAUGCGCGUCUCUUGGAGGGAGAUCCCCUCAAGAUAGAUCAGUCUGCCCUCACCGGUGAGUCUUUGCCUGUGACAAGGUUCCCCGGGGAUGAAGUGUUCUCGGGUUCCACUGUCAAGCAAGGAGAAAUUGAGGCAGUAGUCAUUGCCACAGGGGUUCACACCUUCUUUGGUAAGGCUGCUCACCUAGUUGACAGCACCAACAAUGUAGGCCACUUCCAAAAGGUUUUGACAGCUAUUGGAAACUUCUGCAUAUGCUCUAUUGCCAUAGGAAUGGUAAUAGAAAUAGUGGUUAUGUAUCCAAUACAGCGUAGGAAGUACAGGGAUGGGAUUGACAAUCUCUUGGUGCUUCUCAUUGGAGGGAUUCCGAUUGCUAUGCCAACAGUGUUGUCAGUUACCAUGGCUAUUGGUUCUCAUCGCCUGUCCACACAAGGCGCUAUCACAAAGAGGAUGACAGCCAUUGAGGAGAUGGCUGGCAUGGAUGUCCUAUGCAGUGAUAAGACUGGGACCCUGACUCUCAACAAGCUUACAGUAGACAAGACCAUGGUCGAGGUGUUUGUAAAGGAUGUUGACAAGGAUGGUCUCAUUUUGCUCGGCGCCAGGGCUUCGAGGGUUGAGAAUCAGGAUGCUAUUGAUACAUGUAUUGUUGGAAUGUUGGGUGACCCCAAGGAGGCCAGGGAAGGUAUAACUGAGGUCCACUUUUUGCCCUUUAAUCCAGUUGAAAAGCGUACAGCCAUAACAUACAUUGAUCCUGAUGGCAAUUGGCACCGAGUUAGCAAAGGUGCACCGGAGCAGAUCAUUGACCUCUGCGAGCUAAAAGACGAUGCAAGGAAGAAAGCACAUGCAAUUAUUGACAAGUUUGCAGAUCGCGGUCUCCGUUCCCUUGCUGUUGCUAGACAGACUGUGCCAGAAAAAAACAAAGAGAGUGCUGGAACACCAUGGCAGUUUGUAGGCCUCUUGCCUCUCUUUGAUCCUCCCAGGCAUGACAGUGCAGAGACCAUUCGACGUGCCCUUCAUCUUGGUGUCAAUGUUAAGAUGAUCACUGGUGACCAACUUGCCAUUGGUAAGGAAACUGGCCGCAGACUCGGCAUGGGAACCAACAUGUAUCCUUCUUCUUCCCUCCUUGGUGAACACAAGGACGAGUCUGUUGCUUCCCUCCCUAUUGAUGAGCUUAUUGAAAAGGCUGAUGGCUUUGCUGGUGUCUUCCCAGAGCACAAAUAUGAAAUUGUGAAGCGGCUGCAAGACAGGAAGCAUAUUUGUGGGAUGACUGGAGAUGGUGUGAAUGAUGCCCCAGCGCUAAAGAAGGCAGACAUUGGUAUUGCAGUCGAUGAUGCAACGGACGCUGCUCGGAGCGCCUCUGACAUUGUCCUAACCGAACCAGGAUUGUCUGUGAUUAUCAGUGCUGUGCUGACAAGCAGAGCCAUUUUCCAGAGGAUGAAGAACUACACCAUCUAUGCUGUUUCCAUCACAAUUCGUGUCGUCCUAGGAUUUUUGCUCCUUGCUCUUAUCUGGAAGUUUGACUUCUCACCUUUCAUGGUUCUCAUUAUUGCCAUACUUAAUGAUGGAACAAUCAUGACUAUUUCAAAGGAUAGGGUGAAGCCAUCUCCUCUUCCAGACUCAUGGAAGCUAAAGGAGAUCUUUGCCACUGGUGUCGUCCUUGGCACCUACAUGGCUGUCAUGACUGUUGUUUUCUUCUGGGCUGCUAAUGAUUCUGACUUUUUCUCAGACAAGUUUGGUGUAAGAUCUAUCAGAGGCAGCGAUAAGGAGCUUACGGCAGCUGUCUACCUUCAAGUUAGUAUUAUCAGUCAGGCACUUAUCUUUGUCACUCGAUCCCGAAGCUGGUCUUUUGUAGAACGGCCCGGUGCCAUGCUCAUGAUUGCCUUUUGCAUAGCACAGCUGCUUGCUACAAUUCUCGCUGUUUAUGCAAAUUGGGGCUUUGCAAGAAUCAAAGGUAUGGGAUGGGGAUGGGCAGGUGUUAUCUGGCUCUACAGCAUCAUCACCUACAUACCAUUGGAUAUUCUCAAGUUCAUGAUUCGAUAUGCAUUGAGUGGCAAGGCCUGGGAUACUGUACUUGAGAAUAAGACUGCCUUCACAACAAAGAAGGAUUAUGGAAAGGGAGAGAGGGAGGCACAAUGGGCAACAGCUCAACGAACCCUGCAUGGGCUGCAGCCUCCUGAAACAUCUGAACUCUUCAAUGACAAGAACAACUACCGAGAGCUGUCUGAGAUCGCCGAACAGGCCAAGAGGCGAGCUGAAGUUGCUAGGUUGAGGGAGCUUCAUACACUUAAGGGGCACGUGGAAUCGGUUGUCAAACUCAAAGGACUUGAUAUCGACACCAUUCAGCAACACUACACUGUCUGAGUGACAGGAAGUUUUGGCAAGGUGAAGCUGAAGAGGGAUAAACCUAGCACAUGGCAUGAGAAUAUAGUUGUUCAUCACUUUUUCUUCAUUUUUUUCUUAGAAAAAUGUUCUUUGUUUGAUUUGUAGGGGCAUGUAAGGGUUAAAUAAUCCAACGGGUGAAUUGUCAUAGACAAUCCAAGGUUGGACAUAGAAAUCCUAUUCUGCUGUAUGAACUAUUAUUGUAUUUUUUUUAAUGAUAAAUUCCCUAUUUUCGCUUC